UCUGGAGCAGAAGGAUUGUUUUCAGAGAGGAGAGAAGCGUUCAUGUCUCCCAGUCCCAUGCAGUUACAUCAGAUAAAAAAAACCUUCACUUUUAAGUCUUGACUACAAAAGUUGGGAGGGGGAGGCCGCCGGUUACUGGGGCAAAAGAGAAGCAAACAGAGGAAGAGAGGAAGAAAAGAGGAAGAGAGUGAACGGAAGAAGAGGCGUAGAGGGAAGUAACAGCUUAGUGAGCAAGAGGGACAGAACAUAAAGAGACGGCUGCAAGCUCGAGCCAUGCACAAAACAAGAUAGUCUGAGUGAGGAGGACCGGACAGACCGAGGAGCACCGGACAGACCGAAGAGCACCGGACAGACCGAGGAGGACCGGACAGACCGAGGGGCACCGCCAUCCUUCUACGGGACAGUCCAAUCUAUGUGGGUGAGAAGAGAAUAAGAACCUGGGAGCGGAUCAUGAGCACUUCCGGGGACACCGAAGACCCCAAAUCAGCCGGGAUGGACCCGGCACAACACAGAGAGGGCGACUCCCACUCCGAGGAAAUAUCUCCUCCAGAUUCUCCACUUCCUGAGGAGCUCGAAAGUGUCUUCUUGGACAAUAUUGUUGGAGACAAGCCGAGAGCCUGGAGGUCGGCGCCGCCAUCCCCGUCCUGUGAGCGGAGAGGUCUUUCAGCCUCAAUGCUCUCUCUACACACUGAAGAAUUUUUUGAUCUCCUCUCGACUGCACAGACCAGGCGUCUAGAUGAACAAAGAGCCUUCCUGCCUGAACUGGUUCUCAAACCAAAGCGCCACUUUUCAGUGCCCAACUACCGCCAGUUUUCUCUUCCCUCUGAUGAAAGAGGGAUCGUUACAGAACUGCAGAGGAGGAGAGGAGGAUCCUGGGCAGGGCGGAGUCGGAGGAAAAAACCUCCUACCAUAAAAAUACCCGCCCAGGAGGAGCUUUACACCACUAUCCUAGGGCACCAGUCUCAGCGAUUGAACGACCAGCGCAGUUCUCCCCCGAUCCCCCAGGCCGCAGCCGAUCUGUUUGAUAUCUUAUUCCGCGUUCAGGGAAGUCGCAUGGAUGAACAAAGAGUGGAGCUGCCAGCAACUCUAAAGGGAGCUUGUGCUUAGGAAGAGGGAGAUUUCUGGUCCGGCUGUACUUAUACCAUUUGCAAUCUGUGAAAUUGUCACUGUAGAAACCGGCCCAAAUGGAUCCGCCAUUGAUCUCCAGAGAGCGGACAAUACAAAGUGGAGGUCAGUGGCAAGAAAACCAGAUGUCAUUUCAGAAGAACACAAAUUGGAUAUGAGAUAAUAACCAUUUGGGGGGCCACCUUGGAAUUUGGGGAGCAGAAGACACUUCCUAGACUUUAGUUCUUAAAACAAUUUCUAAUGAUGAACACUGUGGGUAGUGCAGUGUGCUUUUCUUUUUUUAAAUGUAGCUCUACCUAUUUUGCCAGUCACUGGAUGUUCAAAUAUUACUCUACCACUGGAUAUCAUACAAUGGAUGAAGAAUAAAGGGGUGGGUACAGCAGACAGUGAAGUCUAUGGGGAGACGUGAAGGGCCCACUAGUAUUUGGGGAGGGGAAUGCUGUAGCCCCAAGUGAGCAGCUGUCUGGUCCGUUUGGGUCAUCUAGAGUUGAUAUAAGUAAAAUUCAGUAUAUAAAACCAGGUGAAAAAAAUAUAUUAUUCAUUAACUAUG